UUUCCGACGCCAGAGCGCGAGGAGACGCACACAGAGAUUGACUCUGAUGUACAGUUAGCUCGGGAAUACUGAAGCUACGAUUGCGGGGCAGUAAUUCAAAAUUGCUCUUUGAAAUGUGCUACGGUACCAAAUUCAAAAAUCAAACUUGAGAUCAUUGGCUUGCCCACUUGAAACAGGAAUUGGAUGGAUUUCCCAACAAUGCAUCAUUUUCUGUUUUUUGCUUCUGAAUUUAUGCCUUUAUUCUGCAUCGUGGAUUACUCUUUAAAUUGUUUGUAUGGAUCCUCCAAAGAACGGUUAGUUCAUCACCGUUUUUGUUCUUUGAUCUUGCAGACUUGGCAUUUGUAGAGUUUUUAGAUUUAUAGAUAGCAAAGAUGUCGGCACAGGCGGAGCUUUCCCGUGAGGAGAAUGUGUACAUGGCCAAGCUCGCUGAGCAAGCCGAGAGGUACGAGGAGAUGGUCGAAUUCAUGGAGAAGGUGGCCAAGACGGUUGACUCUGAGGAGCUCACCGUGGAGGAGCGCAACCUCCUGUCUGUUGCAUACAAGAAUGUGAUUGGAGCCCGCCGUGCGUCAUGGCGCAUUAUCUCCUCCAUUGAGCAGAAGGAGGAAAGCCGUGGUAACGAGGACCGUGUCACACUCAUCAAGGACUACCGUGGCAAGAUCGAGACUGAGCUCACCAAGAUUUGCGACGGCAUUCUCAAGCUGCUUGAAUCCCACCUUGUCCCCUCUUCCACUGCCCCUGAGUCCAAGGUCUUCUACCUCAAAAUGAAGGGUGACUACUACAGGUACCUUGCCGAAUUUAAGACCGGGGCUGAGAGGAAGGAUGCUGCUGAGAAUACCAUGGUGGCAUACAAGGCUGCUCAGGACAUUGCUUUGGCUGAGCUGCCUCCUACUCAUCCAAUUAGGCUUGGGCUAGCUCUUAACUUCUCAGUGUUCUACUAUGAGAUCCUCAACUCGCCUGAUCGUGCUUGCAACCUCGCAAAGCAGGCUUUUGAUGAGGCCAUCUCGGAGCUGGACACCCUGAGCGAGGAGUCCUACAAGGACAGCACUUUGAUCAUGCAACUCCUCCGUGAUAACCUGACCCUGUGGACUUCAGACAUCUCGGAGGACACCGCGGAAGAGAUCAGGGAAGCUCCGAAGCGCGACUCCAGCGAGGGGCAGUAAAGCCGGCUUUAUGUGCCCUAGAAGCUUGUAGCUAGUGCUUUGCUACUGUGUAAUGACACCUAUGUGGCUGUGAUUGUUGUCGGGAAAUCUGGGGCUCCCCCGUAUGUGAGGUUGCUAGCGAUGGUUUUGCAGUCUCGCCUUUAAGCUACUCGUAGCAGAGCAGGUGGGGGUCUGUGGAGCCAGGCCUGGUUGGGGGUGGGGGAGCCUCUUGAACUGCUUGGUGGCACUUCCUGUUUUUCUGUUUGCCUUUUUAUUGGUGUUUAUUGUUAUGGUCAAUCCUGUGUCUAUAUCUUGGUCUCUGCUUCA